UGUUGGUUAGUGUGUAGUGUGAGUGUGGUGGUGAGAGUCAUGUCUGUCUGUCUGCUGCCUCUCCUCUGUGUCCUGGUGGGCUGGUCGGCCGCCUUCCAGGAGGCCACCAUGGACCACACGGAGGAGUUGGACUUGACAACUAACGUCAUCCUCCCGGAGGCCACCAUGGGCCACAUGGAGGAGUUGGACUUGACAACUAACGUCAUCCUCCCGGAGGCCACCAUGGGCCACACGGAGGAGUUGGACUUGACAACUAACGUCAUCCUCCCGGAGGCCACCAUGGGCCACACGGAGGAGUUGGACUUGACAACUAACGUCAUCCUCCCGGAGGCCACCAUGGGCCACACGGAGGAGUUGGACUUGACAACUGUCAUCCUCCCGGAGGCCACCAUGGGCCACAUGGAGGAGUUGGACUUGACAACUAACGUCAUCCUCCCGGAGGCUAUCAUGGGCCACACGGAGGAGUUGGACUUGACAACUGUAAUCCUCCCUGAGGCCACCAUGGGCCACACGGAGGAGUUGGACUUGACAACUAACGUCAUCCUCCCGGAGGCCACCAUGGGCCACACGGAGGAGUUGGACUUGACAACUGUCAUCCUCCCGGAGGCCACCAUGGGCCACAUGGAGGAGUUGGACUUGACAACUAACGUCAUCCUCCCGGAGGCUAUCAUGGGCCACACGGAGGAGUUGGACUUGACAACUGUAAUCCUCCCUGAGGCCACCAUGGGCCACACGGAGGAGUUGGACUUGACACCUAACGUCAUCCUCCCGGAGGCCACCAUGGGCCACACGGAGGAGUUGGACUUGACAACUAACGUCAUCCUCCCGGAGGCCACCAUGGGCCACACGGAGGAGUUGGACUUGACAACUAACGUCAUCCUCCCGGAGGCCACCAUGGGCCACACGGAGGAGUUGGACUUGACAACUAACGUCAUCCUCCCGGAGGCCACCAUGGGCCACACGGAGGAGUUGGACUUGACAGCUAACUCCAUUUUUAACCUGAUUGCUAUACACCAGCUGCAGGAGGAGCAGCGAGGCGUCCAGGAAGGUGUGAACAAUAUGCAGAUGGUGAUGGCUAACCUGACUGAACUGAUCUCCACUCACCUGAUUCUUGAUGACAAUUAUACGCAAGACAUUAAUGGAACCAUCAAAUAUUAUUGGAACAAAAACAUUGAAGGAGAGUCACAGCGUCACUACAGACAGCAACUUGUAAACAAUAGGAAGGAGGCAGAAGGUCUCUUUGAGGUUCGCAUUCGCGGCACUGCAGAGGUGUGGUUCAAGGGAGGAUGUCACUGUGAGAGUUUAAGAAAUGGAAUAUGGAAUGGUAAUGAGGAAUUGAACUCGGAAAAUUUAAACAAAAAUUCUUUAGUUCUUUAA